CGCCCCCGCCGCCAUCUUGGUCUAGGAGGGAGCGGGCCGCACGCGAGAGUAAACAGCCCGAGCCGGGGAAGUCGAGUUCUGGCUCCGUCGGGGUGCCGCGGGGCAGCCGCGGAGAGGACGCAGUCCUGAUCUUCGGUGGCCGACAUGACGGCCCCGGGUGAGAGCCCCCUGGCGCCGCUGCUGGAGACUUUGGAAGACCCUUCCGCCCCCCAUGGAGAGCAAACCGACGCUUACCUGACUCUGACCAGUCGAAUGACUGGAGAAGAUGGAAAAGAAGUCAUUAUGGAAAUUGAGAAAAAACUCCCUCAGCUAUUCAGAGUUUUAAAAAUUCACAUUUCCAGUCAGAAUUCAGACCUCAGUUGUGCUGCUCUACAGGCCUUGGGGUUUUGCUUAUAUAAUCCCAAAAUUACCUCAGGAUUAUCAGAGACAGAUAUUCAAGAACUGCUUUUAAAAUUGAAUGAUAGUGUUAAAAGCCCAGACAAAAAUGUACGUACUAGGGCACUUUGGGUGAUAUCCAAGCAGACGUUUCCUGGUGAAGUCAUUGGCAGAGUAGUAUCCAGUAUAAUUGAUUCAUUAGAAAUAAUAUUUAAUAGAGGAGAGGUGCAUUCUGCUGUUGUUGAUUAUGAAGCAUUAAAUGUCAUCAUAAGGCUAAUUGAACAAGCCCCAGUUCAAAUGGGAGAAGAGUCAAUUAGGUGGGCAAAACUGGUCAUACCUUUAGUGGUUCAUUCAGCUCAAAAGGUACAUUUGCGGGGAGCAACUGCUCUAGAGAUGGGAAUGCCAUUGUUGCUUCAGAAACAACAAGAAAUAGCAUCUAUCACAGAGCAGCUUAUGACUACUAAAUUACUUUCAGAACUCCAAAAGCUAUUUAUGAGUAAGAAUGAGACUUAUGUGUUAAAAUUGUGGCCUUUGUUUGUCAGACUUCUUGGGAAGACCUUGCAUCGAAGUGGGAGUUUCAUUAAUUCUCUAUUACAGCUGGAAGAACUGGGAUUUCGCAGUGGAGCACCCAUGAUUAAAAAAAUAGCUUUUAUUGCUUGGAAGAGUUUAAUAGAUAAUUUUGCUUUGAAUCCAGAAAUACUGUGCAGUGCAAAAAGGCUGAAGUUGUUAAUGCAGCCUUUGAGUUCCAUCCAUGUGAGAACAGAAACUCUAGCACUAACAAAGCUAGAAGUCUGGUGGUAUCUACUGAUGAGACUUGGACCUCAUCUUCCUGCUAAUUUUGAACAGGUGUGCGUGCCUCUGAUUCAAAGUACAAUAAGCAUCGAUUCUAAUGCUUCACCUCAAAGCAGUUUGUCUCGUGUAACUGCUUCUCCAGGUUUAAGUCCUAUGACUCCUAUACACAAAGGUGCUUCCCCAUAUGGAACUCCUGUAACUCCCCGGAUGAACUUAAGUUCAAAUUUUGGUGGAAUGGCCACAAUCCCCUCUAUUCAACUUUUGGGACUUGAAAUGCUGCUUCAUUUUUUGUUGGGUCCAGAAGUCUUGAGUUUUGCUAAGCAAAACAAACUUGUACUGAGCUUAGAGCCACUCGAACAUGCGUUAAUCAGCAGCUCUUCUUUUUUUUCCAAACAUGCAAAUACACUCAUCACUGCUGUUCAUGAUAGCUUUGUUGCGGUUGGAAAAGAUGCUUCUGAUGCGGUUGUCAAUGCUAUUUGGAAGGAGCUAAUUAGCUUGAUGAAGUCAGUUAUUGAAUCAGGUAACAAAAAAGAGAGACCAGGUUCUGAAGUUUUGACCCUGUUACUAAAAUCUUUAGAAAGCAUAGUGAAGUCAGAAGUAUUUCCUGUGUCAAAAACACUGGUCCUCAUGGAAAUUACAAUUAAAGGACUGCCCCAGAAAGUAUUAGGUUCACCAGCAUAUCAGGUUGCUAAUAUGGAUAUUCUUAAUGGAACUCCUGCUUUGUUCUUAAUUCAGUUAAUUUUCAACAAUAAUCUCUUGGAAUAUGGUGUAGAUGAUGAGAGGUUUUUUCUCAAUCUGGAAACACUUGUUGGCUGUGUCCUUUCUGGUCCAACUUCACCACUAGCUUUCAGUGACUCUGUUUUAAAUGUUAUUAACCAAAACGCAAAGCUGUUGGAAAACAAGGAGCAUCUCUGGAGAAUGUGGGGUAUUAUAGUCACCCCAUUAACGGAAUUGAUUAAUCAGACCAAUGAAGUGAAUCAAGGUGAUGCCUUAGAACAUAAUUUUAGUGCCAUAUAUGGUGCAUUGACUUUACCAAUAAACCAUAUUUUUUCAGUACAGAAAUUUCCAGUGGCCACCAUGAAGACCUUACUUAGAACUUGGUCAGAAUUAUAUAGAGCAUUUGCCCGCUGUGCUGCUUUGGUGGCAACUGCAGAAGAGAAUUUGUGCUGUGAGGAACUUGCUUCCAAGAUAAUGUCCAGUUUAGAAGAUUCCGGCUUUUCAAAUUUGUUGUUCUUGGAUAGGAUCGUUCAUAUAAUUACUGUAAUGGUGGAUUGCAUUGACUUCUCACCAUACAAUACUAAGUAUCAGCCCAAAGUUAAAUCACCACAGAGACCUUCAGAUUGGUCCAAAAAGAAGAAAGAACCUCUAGGGAAAUUGGCUUCUUUAUUUAAACUUACUGUGAGAGUGAUCUAUUCUUUCCACACUCUGAGCUUCAAGGAAGUACAUUCUGAUACUCUCCUCACUGUUGGCAACUCAAUCACCAGUAUUCUUUCUAAUGUACUUGGACGUAUUUCUUUGUCUUCUAUGAUCCGAAAAAUAUUUGCAACUUUAACAAGACCUCUGGCAUUAUUUUAUGAAAACUUAAAGCUUGAUGAAGUUCCUAAAGUGUAUAGUUGUAUGAGCAACAAGUUAGAAAAGCUACUGGGAGAGAUAAUUGCUUGUCUACACUUCAACUACACUGGGACUUACGACAGCGAACUUCUUGAACACAUCUCUCCGUUAUUAUGCAUAAUAUUUUUGCACAGGAAUAAACAGAUUAGAAAACAAAGUGCUCAGUUCUGGAACGCCACAUUUGCUAAAGUGUCAACGUUGACUUAUCCUGAAGAGUUAAAACCAGUACUAAGACAAGCCAAAGAGAAAUUUCUGUUGCUUUUACCUGGUUUGGAAAAUGUUGAAAUUAUGGAGGAAUCCAGUGGACCAUAUUCAAAUGCAACAGAAAAUUCACAGUUAAAUAUGAAGAUAAGUGGCAUGGAAAGAAAAUCAAGUGGAAAAAGAGAUUCUUUUUUGGCACAAACAAAGGAUGCAAAAGAAAACAAGAAACCACCAGUCAAAUUGAAAUUAGAAUCGUCUUCUGCCAAAACAAAGAGUGAAAUGCCUUUGGAAGAGGAAAAGUCUAUUGACUUUGUGUUUAUACCUCCAGAAGGAAAAGAAGCAAAGGAAAGAAUACUAACUGAACAUCAGAAAGAAGUAUUCAAAACAAAGAGAUGCGAUAUUCCUGUCAUGUAUAAUAAUCUGGAUGUUUCACAAGACACUUUGUUUUCUCAGUAUACCCAGGAAGAGUCCAUGGAAAUUCCUGCUUUAACUGAAAAAUCAAAGGAAGAUUCCAAGGUGAUACCUAAGGAGGAACAAAUGGAAAGUGACAUUGUUAUUUCUCAAGAUGUCAUGGAAAACUGUGGUAUGGAUGAGCAUCUUGAAAAGGUUUCUCUUUCAAAUAAUGACUGUGGUUCUAAUGAGGAAACGAGUCCAGAAGUACCGAGCAGUAAUAAUGAUGCCAGAAAGAAAGCUUUAAUUUCAUCAAAGAAAAUGACUGAAUGUGUAUCUAAUGCAGAAAAUACUUCUGGUCUCAACAGUAGCUCAGUUUCUAAUACCAUUAUUUCUGGAACUCCCCCACAGCCUACAAGUCGGAGGCAAACCUUUAUUACUUUGGAGAAGUUUGAUGGUUCAGAAAAUAGACCUUUUAGUCCGUCCCCCUUAAAUAAUAUGUCAUCAACUGUAACAGUGAAAAAUAACCAGGAAGUCAUGGGUAAAACAGAUACUCCACCAAAAGCAAAGAAAAGAGAAAUGGUUUUUGCAAAAUGUGAUUCUGAAAAAAUAGCACAUGGAAUUAAGAGAUCAAGCCGGAGGUCAAGUAAAGCUGAACAAAUAGGGAACAAAAGGUCUAAACUCUUAAUGAGAUCCGAUCAAGAGAAAAAUACUCAGGAAUCUAUUGAUGUCACAGUAGUCUUAGAAAAUAACCCACCUGGUUUGCUUAAUCAAACAGAAUGUAUGUUAGAUAAUCAGGCUCAUCUCUCUGAAUCUGUGAUGGAAUAUGAGGAUACAAUGCUUAAACCAACAAUAGAAAAUGUAGUAUUAGAAAACAAUACUGUAGAAGAGAAAACAUUAGGAAUCAGUUUGGAAUCCAAAGAAAAUACACCCCCAGCUAUAAUACCAGCAGAUCAAAUGGUAGAUGAGGAUAGUCCUGUUCAGAUAACUCCAAAUCAAAAAAUGCUUAGACGAUCCUCAAGGCGACGUUCAGAAGUAGCAGAGCCUACCACUGACAGCCAAGAGAAAGAAAAUAAUCAUCAAAAAAAAGAAAGACGUAAGGAAGAAGAAAAGACCCUUCAGAAAAGUCCGUUGCAUGUAAAAGAUGAUGUGUUACCUAAGCAAAAACUGAUUUCUGAACAAACUGUACAGGAAAAUUUAAUUGAGAAAGGAAAUAAUGUACACGAGAAGACUUUUGGGGAAACCAGCACUACUGCUGAAAUUGAUGAAAGUAAAAGAAAGCUAGACCUUGAGAAUAUUAAAUCUGAGGGAGACGGUGCCCAGGACUUUGCAGAUAAGUCCUCUGAAAAACCAGUAAGUGGUCGAACACGGUAUCAAACAAGAAGAGCAUCCCAAGGUUUACUUUCCAGCAUUGAAAACUCAGAAUCUGAUAGUUCUGAGGCAAAAGAAGAAGGUUCUAAAAAGAAGAGAUCUGGAAAAUGGAAAAACAAAAGCAGUGAUAGUGUUGACAUUCAAGAUCAGGAGGAGAAAGUGAUAAAACAGGAAUGUGUAAAUGUUGACAACCAGACACUUGAUUGCAAAGCAAAUUCUGAAGUAGAGAGAGACCUAAAAUCUCAGAUUUGUGAACAAAAAGAUGAGAGUAAUAAUGUAACUCUUGAAGAUUCUACAGUAUCUUCAGAUUUAUUGCAGGUUUCUGAUGAUGUGUCAACUACUUACGAGGGAAAAAGUAAAACCAACAAAUGUACAGAAUAUUCCUUUUCAAACCCUUCUGUGCCAGAAUCAAAUCUAAGGACUAGAAAUGCCAGCAAGAGAUUACAAAAACGAGAUUCUAUAGAAAAUAACACCGUGGGAGAAUCCUCAAAAAUAGGGACAUCAGACAUUUCUUUGCUUUCUGAAAAAACUUUUCAAACACUUGAAUGCCAGCAUAAGAGAAGUAGGAGGGUAAGGAGAUCUAAAGGUUGUGAUUGCUGUGGAGAAAAAUCACAGCCUCAGGAAAAGUCAUUCAUUGGGUUAAAGAAUACAGAAAACUAUGAUGUAAAAGUCAAUGAAACAAAAAAGACAGAUAUGCAAACACCUGUAAAUGUAUCAGAGACUUCUAAAGCUAAUUUGUGCUCUGAGGUAAAACUUUCAGAUGAACAUAAUGGUGUGAAUUUUCAUUUGGGACUCAAGGAGGAGAGUGAUACUGUUAAUGAUUCAUUAAUUAUAUCUGAAAGUGAGUUGAAAGAAAAUACUAUUCAAAACCCUCUUCCUUCUGAAGUAGUAAAUUUUGAAGAAGAAACUUGUGAUAUGGUUUCUGAAGAAGCAGCACCUCUUGAAAGCCAAGAGCCAUCCAAUAAAAAAUGUAAAACUGUUAGCCCAUGUUUAGGUGAUUCCAAAGAUAAUUCACUGGAAUGUUCUACUUUGGAGACCAAAGAAGAAAAGUCAGAGGCUAUCUUGGAAAAGGAAUUAAGUAUAGAGAACAUUGUCAAUGUUGAAACAGAUGCAUGUAAAGCUAAAGCAAAAUUCAAUCCAGAAGAAGUAGAAGCUAUUGAAUUGGAUGUAGAAAGUGAUAAAUCUGAAGCUAGCUUUUCUGAACAAAAGAGUACCGAAACUGGUAUUCGUGAAGAAGAGGUAAUGGAGAUAAAUAGUGAAAGAAGUGAUGAAUCUGAAGCAGAGGCAGCUGAAAAACUGAAGGCUGAAGAAGCAGUAACUGAAGAAUUUAAUUCUGGUGUUGGUCAUUCUGAUAAUACCACAGAAAUGAGUGCUCAGGUAGAGAUACCUGAACAAACAGCAGUUGGGGAAUUAGAUGAAAGAAGUGACGAAUCUGGUCCAGGCUCAUCUGAAGAAAUGAAUGCUGAAAUGGAAAAUUGUGAAGAGACAGUGAUUGGUGAGGUGAGUGCUGAAGCUGAUCAAGUCAAUGAAACAGAGGACAGGGACUCGACUACCAAAAUCUCUACUAAGCCUGUACAAGCCGAAACAAAGACUUCAACUAUGGAAAUCGGCAGUUUUGUUCUCAGCACACUUGGGAUGAGCACUGAAGAAGGAAAAGUUGACUCUAAUGAAACUGAAACAAAUACUGAACUUAAUAAGUCUGAAGAAACAACAUCAGAUGACAAUCGAGUGGUGGGGGGAAAUGAUGAGAUUUUACAGCAAGUUCACCAUACUUCAGAGAAAGUGGAGGAAACAUCACAGUCUCUGACAUCUGAAACAGCCAUCUCUGAACUAAUAACAGAAGACAAUAAUGCAUCUCCUCAAAAAUUAAGGGAACUUGAUCCUUUACUUGUAUCAGCAAAUGGCAGUCCUAGUGGCAUGCAGACACGCUGUGUAUGGUCUCCUUUGGCUUCUCCAUCGACCAGCAUUUUAAAGAGAGGACUAAAAAGGCCUCAGGAAGAUGAGGUAUCGUCACCUGUUCACAAGGUUCGCCGUGUCUCCUUUGCAGAUCCAAUAUACCAGGCUGGAUUGGCAGAUGACAUUGAUAGGCGAUGCUCUAUUGUUAGGUCCCAUUCUUCAAAUAAUUCUCCCAUAGUAAAAAGUGUUAAAACUUCACCUACUGCACAAUCUAAGCAUAAUGCCACUUCAACCAAAGGAUUUCUGUCCCCAGGAUCACGUAGCCCUAAGUUUAAGAGCUCAAAGAAGUGUUUAAUUACAGAAAUGGCUAAAGAAUCUAUGCCAUGUCCAACAGAAAGUGUUUACCCAGCUUUGGUGAACUGCGUGGCUCCAGUUGAUAUCAUUUUACCUCAGAUUACAUCAAACAUGUGGGCAAGAGGACUGGGACAGCUCAUUAGAGCCAAGAAUAUAAAAACGAUUGGUGAUUUGAGUACUCUUACAGCAUCUGAAAUAAAAACUCUUCCUAUCCGUUCUCCAAAAGUGUCCAAUGUAAAAAAGGCUCUUAGGGUCUAUCAUGAGCAGCAGGUGAAGUCUCGUGGACUAGAGGAGAUUCCAGUUUUUGAUAUUUCUGAAAAAACAGUAAAUGGAAUACAAACUAAAUCUCUCCCUUCUGAUGAAGAAAGACUUGCCUCAGAUUUAAUUGAUCCUGUUGCUUUGGAAACUCCAUUACCUAAAAAUCUUGUGGCACAGAUUAGUGCACUUGCUCUUCAACUAGAUUCUGAAGAUCUCCAUAAUUAUUCAGGAAGCCAGCUGUUUGAAAUGCAUGAGAAACUUGGUAACAUGGCGAACUCUAUAAUAAAAAAUUUGCAGUCACGUUGGAGGUCACCAACCCAUGAAAAUUCUGUUUAGUAUUUUAAGAGAAAAGUGAAGGUUUGUGUUUUUUUUUUUUUUUCCCCCAACAUCACUGGAUUUGUUGAUCAUAAAAUAAGUUUUGAAAUAUAGCACAAUAUCAGACUGAAUGUUCACAAAGUUGAUAACAUUUCAAACCCUGAAGGGCUGUGACUUAACGUAAGUUCAAUUUAAGUUUGUUAUGUAAUAUUUUUGUUCAUACAAUAUUUUCUUGGCCGCUAUGCAUAGUUUUUCAAAAAUUUAAAUAUCUUACUGAAAUGUGGAAGCGAAAACUAGAAACAAAAGCAUUUUAUUCACACAUUUUAAACUCCUACAUAUUCUGAUGAAACAUUCGUGAAAAAUACCUUAUUUUAAGUAAGUAAAAUUGAACAUUUCUAUUUGAAUUUUUUGCUGAACUGAUAAAGGUGUUUAUACUUUUUUUUUUUUAAUUUAUAUUUGUUGUGCCUGAGGUUUAAGAAAUUUGUUCACCUUAAAUGAGACGCAAAAGAAUUGGAUCAUUUUUUCCGCAGAUGUCAACUUUGGACAGCUUUCAAGAAAAAUACCAAAAGCUGCAACUUUUGGGGUUAAAAUAUUAAAGCAGAACAUACCUAAAAUUCCAUUUAUUUGUGCAGCAGCAUUUGCUUGUGAAAAUUUAGUCGUAUGAGACACAUCAUAAUUCAUUUUAAAAUGCACGACUGUUUGUAUAUUAUGUAUAGAUUACAAUGUUUUUAAUUUAUAAAUUUCAGCCUUUGUUAAUGGCAUGAAUUUUUCUGCAGCUACUUGUGAAUACCUUUGUUUAAUAGAAACCUAUUUUGUAUAUAUUAAAUACUGAGAUAUCAGUAUUGACAGUAGAAGUGCUUUGUGGGCUUGCUGCAGAUAUUUGUAGGGUUCUGCAUCUACAAAUACAAAUAGUUUUGUACUUAGUAGUCUUAGUAACAACAUGAGUUUAUUUUCUAAAGUAACCAGAAGGAGUUAAAGUUCUAGAAAUGAGAAAGUGUUACAUGAGAACUUUGUUAUUCAUACCCAUUACUUUUGGGGUGGGGGGCGGUUUGGAAGGAGGGUAUCAGCCACUAGAAAGCUUCAUUACAUUUCUUUUUAAUGGAGAGUUUGACUAUUUUUGUUACAACUUGGACUAUAUGAAAUCUAGAAAUUACCUGUUCUUUUCACCUACACCUAAAGCAAACUUGGAAGAAAUUUGAAACUGUUCUUUUGAAAUAUGUAUGUUUUGCCUGUUUUUAAAAAUAGGGUGUAUAUAAUUAAAACAUUUGUAAAUUUUACCGACUAGUAUUAGUGCCUGACUUCCCAUAUUUGUUUCAUCUCUUUACAGUGAGAAUAUAUCAUUUGCUCUCUGAUUAGAAUGAGUGAGUGACCUUCACAGUUUCAUACUUUAUUCAGAACUAACCAGCUUGAAAAGGCACACAUUCUUCAGCAAGUUACAGAAAGUUUAACUCUUGUGUUUAGUUAGUUCUUAUAUUCAGAAGGGGACCACCCACCAGCCAGAAAAGUUGGUGUCUUUUUCAUAAUUAUAAAUCCAUCAUCAUCACAAAUAUUUGGGGGGGGUUAUAAGUUUCAUAGUCCUAUCCCAAGGUUGGGUUUAAAGGAAAUUCUGGGACCAUAAACUGAGGAUUGUAGCUUGAAGAAAUAACUAAAAAUGGAAACUUGUUAACAGAAUUACAACUGGUUUAUAUUACCUCCCAUUUCCCAAAUUAUAUUUUACAGUUAAGAGGCACAUAAAUUUUUAGUUAACAGGUGUAAGAAGGAGUAUGUACAUGUGUUUGUAUGGAGUUAAAAUUGGCUUAUCUCAUGCUUAUAUCCUCUUAAUGUUUGUGUGAACUAACUGGUGAAAUGAAGUUCUUGAGAACAAGAACAGCAUAGGAGAAAAUGUGACUAAAGUGAUUGAUUAGCAUUUACUUAAAUCACUGAAUUUGAUACAAGCACAAGUUUAAUUUUCAAAUACUGUGGUUGAACAAGGAUGUGUUUAAAAAUGUUACUUGAAGGCAGAAGCCAGUUUGCUAAAUCUUCAUUGUUGAUAUAGUUGUUAAGUGUAUAUUUGAGGCACCUUAUUUUUAAUAUUCUUGCCUUAAAUUUUUCCCUGAAUGAUUCCUAAAUAGCAAAAAAUAUUAAUUCUCCUUGAUCAGUUUCAGUAUGUUGUUUAACUAUUAAAAUUAAAUCAGUUUUUUUCAAUAUUUUCUAAGGGUUAAUAAAACAAAUGGCAAAUAUUAAUAAGAACACUCAAAUGUGAUUUCUUAUUUUAUGCAUUUAUAAAAAGAAUCUGUUUGCUUGCAGAAGCACAGUAUAAUUUCUCAUGUUCCAAAAUGGACUUCAUAUGGUGGAUUUAAGUUUUUAGUGUUGCCCUGAGCCCAUUGUCAAAGAUGUUAUAUUUGAACAAGUUUGAAAGCCAUUGUUAAAUGGUAUGGAGCUUUUGCUCAAAUUCCGUAUAGUGUAGGAUGAAUCAGGUUUAGUGAUAAGGUUAUCGGAUAAUAUAGUCAAAAAUAAGAUUUAAAUCUGAACAUGAUAGUUUCUGGCGUUGCUCGUGGAUUCUUUUCUUUACAGCUUGAAAGUAGUCAGGGAUUCUGUUAUAUAUUUUAGAAUCAAAAAAAUGUUAAGGAAAUUGGAUUAUAUUUUGUCUAAAAUAAAAGUGGCAGGGCAAGAAACAAAAUUGGGAAAAUUGGAGGGGUGUGUAAAAUAUACAAUUAGAGUAUUUUUUCUAAGAUAAAGGAAUGAUAGUAAUUAAAAAUAAGUGCUGUUUUAAAAACCUUUGUUGGAAUUUAACAGAAAAUAUGAGCUUAAAAGGGUUCACAUUUUACCUUAAUGUCAUUCUUUCCAAAUGACUUUAUAAUCCAAUAGGAAGGGCAUAGUUUCCAUCUCAUAUCCUUCUUUAUUAAUUUUCAGGGAGAUGAUUUGCAACUGGGCUAGAAGGCCAUAAAAUAGCAGUUACUGACAUUAUUAGGCUAAGAUUUUGGUGGGGGAGAGGGAGCUGUUUGCACAUUAGCACAACCCAUGUCUGUUUUAUCCUUAAGCCAUCAGAAGGGUCUUAUACAUUGUAUACAAGUGUUAGAGUUUAAGUUUUGACUUUAACACAGUGCUUCUCAAACUUGUAUGUAUGUAUGAAAAUGCAGAUUCUGAUUCAGCAGGUCUGGGAUGGGGCCUGAUAGUUCAUCUCUAAAAGCUCCCACAUGACCCAUACAAAUGGUGAUGUCUGUGGAUUGCAUUUGUGGUGGUUAGGCCUACGAGGCUUCAGGCUGUGAAUUAGGUGAUAACACAAGCAGGUUUAAGUCCCAGGAAUUAUUGCCACAAAAGAUAAAAUUUAGUGUUUUUUUAAAUAACUUUUUCAGGUUUAUGAUUGGGGUUGCAGACUGGUCUUGAAGGCUUCAAAUUAGAGUUCAAAAGUUUUUCAAGAAUUAAAGGUAGAAUUUUGUCUCAUUUGGAGCCUUUUUUAGACAUGGAAAAUUUAUUAUGGUUUGGGGAGGAAGAUUUACGUUUUUAAAUAGGCAAACAGUUACUUAUGUUAUAAAGAACCUUCCUAAACGAUGAGACAAUGUGAGCCUUUUUUAAUGAAUAGUGUAUGUGGAUUAUGUUCUCAUUUUUUUUAAUACAAAAGUAAAUUUUCAGAUAUUAGAAAUAUAUUUAGUCUCUAAAUAAAUCUUGUCUUCUAAGUUAUGGGGCUUCAUUGAAAACAGACUACCCUAAGAUUAACUUGGCGGUUAAGUUAGCAGUACCCAAAUAAGCCCUGUCUGACAGAUCUGACUUGUCAUUUUAGUAAAGACCUCUGGUUACUUUGCUGUUAUAUUGUUGAAAUUUUCUAUUUCAUCUUAAAAUGGUGUUUAAAAGACAGUUGAAUAAUUUGAUUCUCUAAAAAUGAGUUUUUCUCAGCAUUCUGUUAUGUUUCCCUCACAUGUUUUAAAUUCUCUUUCCAUAAGAAUUGUACUCAUCCAGAGCACUUAAGAAAAUGUAGCCAGAAGUGAAAUAAUGGUGUUUUUUAAUUGAUUUAUCAAAAUUUGUUGAUUGCUUGAUUUAUAAAACAAAUCUGGGCUUCGGUUUGUGAUGGUCCAGUUAAUAUGAUAUGUUUAUCAUAUGCCAGGCUUUGUAUAUUGCUUUUUGAAAGUAUUAAAAUCUGAGUAAUUAGGGUUUGAAAUCUAUAGCUAUUUAAUAGAGUAGUAGUCUAACAGAAUUGAAUGUUCACCCAUUUCUUGGAAUAGAAUGUAAAUUUUAUAACAUGGUCUUAACCAUUUUUCCUUUAUAUACCAAGCCAAAGAACAGUAAAACCAAACAUGAAGUGCCAAGCUGUAAAUGCUUACUCUUCUGAAGUAUACCAUUUAGAAGAAAAGAUAAUCUCUCCCUUUACCUGAGAGUAUAAGAUUGAAGGCAAUAUUUUAAAUUGAUAGCACAUGGAAUUAAAAAAAAAAGUAUGUAGCUUUUUAGUAUAGGGACAGUCAUAUAAACUUUGAAAAUAGCUGACAGGUAUCCUAUAUAUAAAACAGUACCAGAACUGAUACUCAUAAAUACCCUGAAUAAUUGUUUAAAAUAGACAUUAUUUACAGGUCACCUGUCCGGCUUGGUCAGUGGUGGAGCAUGCAACUCUUGAUUUUGGAAUUGUGAGUUCAAGCCCUACAUUGGGGGUAGAGAUUGCUUAAAAAUAAAAUCUUUUUAAAAAAUAAAGUAUACAUUAUUUAAUAU